AUGAACGCAAAAACUAAAUUACUCUUUAUUGGAGUAGUAUUUAUUAUAGGAAUCUCUUCUUUAAGGGCAGAAACCUAAAUUAGUAUGGCUAAAGCAUUUGGCUGUUCUAUGGAUCAUAAGAUAGAAAUAAAAGACAUCAUUUCUUAAUGUAAGUGUCAUGAUGAUUCAAGCUGUGUUUGGACUACAGGUAGAAGACCUGUUAUGGGCUGUCCUUGCCCUGUUAGACCUCCUGAGGAUACAGAUUAUGAUUCAAUUAUUACAGCUGAAAUCGUAAAAUGCAGCGAAAAGAAAAUUGAAAUUGAUAAGAGUUUCGGUUAAUGUGAAUGUGAAGGAGGUGGCUAAUGUAUCUUUGCAAAGAGAAAGACUAUUGCUGGUUGCCCUUGUCCAGGUGGAAGAUUGCCAACAGAAAGCGAUUUUGUUUAAAUAAAGCCAGUUAGUCACUCAAAAAAUAAAAAAAAUAAAAACAAAAAGAAGAAAGAAUAGGAAGAACUUUGA